AUGGAAAGCGUUUCGCCAUGGAUCAUCCUUUUAGACAUUAUUGAUCUUGCAGUAGGAGCCAUCCAGCUAGGAACACAAAAAAGGAUGGAUGGAGUCUUGGAAAGAUUCAUAGUCAUAGUAAUGCUCAAAUGUAUGGAGCGAGAGAUGCAGAGCAGAUCUCCUCUCAUAGGAGCAAGACAUUUGAUUGCUUGCGACUCCUCCAAACCACUCCUUACAAGAGGAUUGGAAUGUCUAGGAAUUGUUGAUUUGCCUAGAUACAUUUCAGAGACCUUAGGCGAGAUAAAGAGAGAGCCUGGUGCUUUUGCAGAGAUCAUGAGUAUUUCUCUGGCUUGCUUUGUAGUCCAAGCCUUUCUGUUCAGAUCAUCUUCCACCAACCUGAAGAGAAAAACCUUCCAUGUCUUUGCGUUUCUUGUGUUCUACAAAGGACAUCGCCUCUCAUUUCUACUUAGCGAAGGCUUCUUUCUGAUUUUGGGUCUGUUGUCGCCGUGUAGACAUGUCAAUUCUCUCCUUACACCUUACCUCAGCAGACACGAUAGGGAACACAGUGUAUUAUCGCAUGUCUAUCUUUUGCUGGCUUGCACAUACCCAAGGAUGUUCAUGAGACAUAAAGAAUAUGUUUCGGCACUGAUUUCUAUAUGCUUUCAAGACUCAAUGGCCUCAGUUGUUGGAGAAUGGUUUGGGAAGACAGAGAAAUCCAUACAGGGUGCAAUAGGAGGAGUAGUAUCCGGAAUAGCAAUUUAUUUUGCUCUUUACAGAAAAGUCGACAUGGUACUGUUCUUCAUAGUUGCAGGCAUAGUGGAAUAUCUUAUUCCCAUCAAUGACAACAUUGCCAUUCCGCUUUCUGCAAUUUCAUACUCCUGGUUAUCGAAGAAGAUUAUGAGCAGCAUCCCUUCUUGGGCUGUGGUUUGA